AUGGAGUUAUGGGCAUGUGGGUUCAAUGCUUGGAAUCAACUGCAAUUCGAGGGAGAUCUUCCUGAUGAACCCGAAGAUGUCCUUAGCUUCAAACGAGUAUUAAGAGCAGAGGGAAGUAUUAAUAUUCUUGAAACUUCUUUUUCGGCUUGUUUAGCAGUAGUAUCGAAUGGUCCUUCAGGUCUCCACGAAGAGAUAAAAGUUGCCGGUUCCCCAGAUGGAUUUUUACAAGCACAAUUAGAACAGCUCACUGCAAUGAAUAGCACGCAACACUCAGAAGAACGAACAGACUGUAGAAGAUACGAAGAUGUUAAAAGCAAGGCAACCGCAGCUGGAAACGACAAGAUUGCAGCUUUCACACCGACAACCAUAAUCCAAUACCCCUCUCUUCCAGCAUACAUCUCUCGAGCCAAUCCAGACUUCAUAUCUCCCCUCCCCCACAUCACGCAACUCGUCUCCAACACCACCACCUUCGCGGCCCUCACCCAAGAAGGAAACGUCUACACCUGGGGCGAUGAACGCUAUCCCUCCUGUCUCGGCCGCGAACCCACCUCUUCAAAUCCAGCAUCUCAACCCACCAUCCUCACCUCUCUUAUCUCCCUUCCCACCGGGCAAAUUCGCAAACUAUCUUCUUCCGGCCCCCUAACCGCUGCUCUGACCACCGGCCACGAUCUCUAUAUAUGGGGUCGUACCAAUACUCCCUCUAUAAUUCCUGAACUCUCAGAAUCUUCUUCAUUUUCAUCCUCGGAUGAUUACGAUCCCAUUCCACUCGAUAUCCACGGAGCCGACAUCCUCGAUUUCAGUAUUGGUGAGAACCACAUGUUGGUGCUGACGACGGAUGGAGAAUUGUAUGUCAUUGGAGAGAAUGGGAAUGGUCAACUUGGGCUUGGAGAGGGGGCAAAAAAGAGAUGCGGGGAGUGGAGGUUGGUUGAUUUAGGGUUUGAGGAAGGAAGCACAAAGAAAUGUGUGGGCGUGCGGGCAGGGUACAAGUGUAGCUUUGCACUCGUGGAGGACCACUCUUCAUGA